AUGGAACAAGCAUAUCAACACCAAGACUUUUCUAAUGAUUAUCUUGUUUCAGUGGUAACUAAAUCAAGUCUCCACAUAUUGAACCUUGAUAAUUAUGCAUUUAGGAAAAUAUCAGCCAAAGUAAGCAAAUGGUCAUCACCAAUAAAGCAUUUUUGGAAAAUUCAAGAUGAAAGACAAAAUAUUGUGAUGAGAAACAAGUUGAUUGAAGAUAAAACCAAUUUACAAGAGGAAAAGGCAAGGAUGAAAGUUCAGGAAUUGCAGACAGCCCAGCAUAUGACCAUUGCUAUGGUGGCAACAGAACAAAUUCAAGAAUAUGCCACGUCAACUACCACCAGCAUUGCAGAGAGAUUCCUUGAUAAUAGCAACAAAGGAACAUCAAAAUGUAUCAGAACUUACAAGGAUAGUAAUGAUGACGAUGUUAACGAAGAUAAUUUUUUUUGGCUUUUAAUUGUUGAAAAUGUGCAAAAUGAAGAAAAUGAAGCAAAAAUACUGUUUCACUCGCCACGAAAUUAUAAUGAAAUUGUUCAGUAUCUUGAUGCCAUGAGGAAAUUAUUGAAAUAUGAUCAAGUUGUAGUUCAGAGACCACCUGUGUGGACGGAAUCUUUAAAUACUUAUAUUGAUAAUGUUUUGAAGUCAGAAAUAAUGCAAAAAAUUGAUGGUGAUGAAUACAACAUGUUUCGCCUUUAUUCUACAAUAUGGUCGAUAGAUAUAUUUCCAAAUUUUUCAAGAAAAAUUGGAGAACGAAAGUAUAUCGUUCAAAACAUUUCUUCUUUGUUCAAAUUUUAUGAAGUCACGUUUGGUAAUAUGUGUUUUGAUUGGAUCGAAUCGCAUUCACCAGCAUCAAAAUUAACGAAAACACUUACAAACUCUGGUAUUGUUAAGGUCGAUAUAAGAGUUGGAACAAGUGAGAAUAGACAGGCACAAAAUGCUAAGGUUGUAGUUAGACAAAUCACGGGAUACUUGUCAGAUAAAGAAUUGAAAUAUGAAUAA